AUGGCAACAGGGACUGAAAAUGGUGGCUCAAACCCAAGGAAGAUGACAUUCUUUCUUCAACCCUUGCCUUAUAAGUGCUACUUGUGCCCCAAGAGCUUCAAGAACACCCAAGGUCGUGGUGGACAUAUGGCAAAGUGUCAUAGUAAUCUCAUGGAGAUGAGGAGGAAAAAUGAGGAACAUGUGAAUAAAAAGCGCAAGAGUUUGAUCAUGGAGAUGCUACCACCAAACAAGGCAUAUUGGAUGAGAUACCAUAAUGGCAAGGUGAGACUGUAUGAGUUUGACUUCAGAUCAGUGAAAGAAAAUUCUACUUCACCUAGAGAAGUUGAAUCAAGUGAAUGUUUAUCAUUACAUCAAAGCAUGAAUGACAAGAAAGUGGACCUUACCUUGAAGCUUUGA